UCCUUAUCCUUAACUUCUGAUAAUUUGUCUAUAAUAUGCCUUGUAGAAGAUCUUUAUUGGUUCAAUCUGGUUGGAUUAUCUGAGACUCCUAUAUCUGGAUCCAUAUCUCUUUCCAGACAUGGGAAGUUUUCAACUAUUUCAUUUAGUAGGUCCUCAAUGAUUUUUUUUUCCUUUUUUUUUUUUUUUUUUUUUGGCAGAGUGGACAGAGACAGAGACAGAGAGAAAGGUCUUCCUUUUGCCGUUGGUUCACCCUCCAAUGGCCGCUGUGGCCGGCGCACUGCAGCCCACGCACCACGCUGAUCCAAAGGCAGGAGCCAGGUGCUUCUCCUGGUCUCCCAAGCGGGUGCAGGGCCCAAGCACUUGGGCCAUCCUCCACUGCACCCCCAGGCCAUAGCAGAGAGCUGGACUGGAAGAGGGGCAACCGGGACAGAAUCCAGCGCCUCAACUGGGACUAGAACCCGGGGUGCCAGCCCGCAAGGCAGAGGAUUAGCCAAUUGAGCUGUGGUGCCGGCCACAAGUAUUAGCUUAAUGCUAUCCCAUAUGUUGCAGAGUCUUCGUUCUUUUUUUUUUUUAAAGAUUCAUUUUAUUUAUUUGAAUGACAGAGUUACAGAGAGGGGUAGAGGUAGAGAGAGAGAGGUCUUCCAUCUGCUGGUUCACUCCCAGAUGGCCACAACAGCCAGAGCUGCACCAAUCCAAAGCCAGGAGCUUCUUCCGGGUCUCCCAUGUGGGUGCAGGGGCCCAAGCACUUGAGCCGUCUUGUACUGCUUUCCCAGGCCAUAGAAGAGAGCUGGAUUGGAAGAGGAAUAGCUGGGACUAGAACCAGUUCCCAUAUGGAAUGCCUGCACUUCAGGCCAGGGCUUUAACCCACUGUGCCUCAGCACCAGCCCCUUGUUCUUUUUAAUUCUUGUCUCUCUAUUUGCCUCAGACUGGGUUAUUUCAAAAGUCUUGUCUUGCAGGUCAGAUUUUUUUCCUCCACUUGGUCUUCACUGCUGUUGAAGCUCUCAAUUGUAGUUUUUAUUUCAUUGAUUAAAGUUUUCAGCUUCAAAAUUUGGUUAUUUUUAAUGACUUCUGUAUAUUGAAUUAUUCAUGUGAACCAUUGUUUUUCUUCACUUCUUUAAAUUGUCUAUUUAUAUUCUCUCACACUUGAUUGAGUUUCUUUAGGAUCAUUAUUUUUAAUUCCUUUUCAGGCACUUCAUAUAUUUUCUUCACAUGACAGUCUAUUUCUGGAACAAUUGUGGUCUUUUGUAGAUGUCAUGAUUCCUUCUUCAUUUCUCCUGUGUCCUUGUAUUGACAUAUGCAUAUCUGGUGUAAUAAUUCCAUCUUUAUUGGAGUAGAAUUCAUUGGAAAAUACUUUUUUGUUUAGAUGGAAUGUGGGGUGUUCCUUGGAUUGUUGAUUUGGCUUUCUUUUUAGGUGAGCUCAGAAAUGGAACCUCUGAAUGUUUUCUUCUGCAAUAAUCAGUGUCAGCAAUGUCUACAAUAGCCACAGUUAUCUAGUACAGCAGUUUUAUGGAGGUAAUAGUAUGACUUUGAGCUGGACAUGAGCUUCCAAAGGUGUGUGUCUUUAAUCUCCAGAGUUGGGUAUCAGUCACACUAGGGCUUUGGUGAUUAAAACUGUUUCUGGUGCUACGGGACACAGAGGGGCCCAUCCCAUUGUCUCAGCAGGCAAGUGUGAGUGAUGCUUUGGGUAGCAGUAGCUGUGGUCCCAACUGCAUGUUGUGGAUAGAACCUUCUCUAGGUCAUUCUGUGUGAGCAUGACUGAAGCUGGGGCUUAUGGCACCUAGAGCCUGAGCCCCAGCACUGGGAGAUGUUAAGGGGAACUUGCCCAGUUCUACAGAUUGAAUAUAGGUUAUACUGAGGAUUGUGCACUGGCAGAUGUGGGUAUAGAGUAUUGGAAUGGAGAUAGGGUCUUCCCUAGGUCCUGCAGGGUAUGUUCUAAUGACUCUAAGGAGUGUAAUACUAAUGGUCACCAUCCUGGAGCUGCUGGAUAUGGUGGGGUCUUUACCAAAGUCUCUCAGGGUAACUGUCAGUUAGUCCGGGGAUUGUCGAUUGGUAAUCACCAACCUGUGGCAGCACAAUGUGGGUAAGUCCAAGUCACUUUAGGGGUUGUGAUCCCAGCAGUGAUAGUCAUGGAGUUGCAGGGUACAGAUAGGACUGCCACCAGUUCCCACAGGGAAUGCAAAGGUGAUGCUGGGACUCCUGCUCUGGCCCUCUAGUACUCUGUGGCAAGAGCUACUGAAGGGUCUUCCUCAGGCCUGGUCCUCUGGGAUUUUGUAUGGGCUACUGCUGGAAACUUCCUGCAAGCGGCCAUGGGGCACUCUUGUAGACAGCAUGGAGCAAGUGUAGCUCCAGGGCUUAUGUCCUGAACUCCUGCAGUUGCAGGAUUCAGAGGGGGCUGCUCUCUGCUCUAGAAAACGCCUUUGUUGUCUCUGGGGGCUUCUGGUAGUGAAGGGGUUGCUUGUUUGCUCUUAAGACAGGUGAAGUUUACCAGCUUUUACUGCAGCUUGGGUCUGGCACUUCAGGGGCAGAGGGCAACAGUGUGGCAUCCUUCCUUGGAGCAAGGUGGUCUCUAGGACCUCAGUAAGUGAGGAUGAUAGAAUUGUCCUGGAGGUAGGGCUGCUACAGCAGUGACCAGAGUCAUGCCACUUGCUGUGUACCUCUUUCUGGCAAGAUGGCAUUCUCUUGCAGGGGGACUUGGAAAGGAGCUGUUGAUGGUGGCAGUGGGUGGCGUGCUUUGUUUCUCUCUGCCGGCCUUCAGAGUCUACUUGCUGUUUGCAAAUCUCUUCACUUUUUUCCUGAAGGUUUUUGCUCCAUCUCCUCGGUUCUAAUAUAGACAAAAUCCAGACAUUGUCUCCCAGCCAGGGGACUGGGGUAGGAGCAGCACCACUAGCACUGUGCUUGGUUUCUCUACUGAUGUAGAAGUCUCUCUGCUGUUGGUAGUUCCCUCACUUUACUGCAGCUUUCCCUCAGACAGUCUUCUGGAAAUGCAGUUCUUCCCUCCUUAGGACACUUUUUUUCUGCCUGAGUUGGAUGCAGAUCCUCUCUCAGUAAAUUUAUCUUUCAGUUCCAUUUUUCCAUGAGCAUUUUAAAGGAUCUUCAUGUUGAAGCCUGUGUAGUAACUUUUGUGCACAGUGAAGGUUGAGACUCACCCCAUUAGGAGAAAUAUACUAUCCGUAUCCUGAUCUCUGGGCAUUGACACCAACUUGUUCUUAAUUAUUUACUAAAAUAUAUUUGAAGAUAGCAAUUUCCCCCAUAAAAUCAGGAUUUCUACAUGGAUGACAUCAUGAUACACACAAAAUUAGUAGUCUUUAAGAUAGCCUUUUAAUCCCCUAGGUGGGUUCAGGCAUUUGAUGCAACUGUUAGUCAUUGGUUCAAUGCCUGGAUCCCAUGUCUGAGUACCUGGUUCAUAUCCCAGCCGUUCCACUUCUGAUCCAGGUCCCUGCUAAUGGCAUGGGGAAAGGCGCAGAAGAUGGCCCAAGUGCUUGGGCCCCUGCACCCAAAUGAGAGACCCAGAAAAAGUUCCUGGCUUUGGUCUAGCCCAGCCCCAGCUGUGGCAGUCACAUGGAGAGUAAACCAGCAGAUGGAAGAUCUCAAUCUCUCUUCACCCCCACUCCCCUUCACCUUCCAUCCAUUGAUUCACUCCCCAAAUGGUCACAACAGCUAGGGCUGGGCCAGGCCCAAGCCAAAAGCCAGGAGCUUCAUCUGAAUCUCCCAUGUGAAGGACCAGGGCCCAAGUACUUGGGCCAUUUUCUGCUGUCAUCCCAGGCACAUUAGCAGGGAGCUGGAUCAGAUGUGGAGCAGCUGGGUCCCAAAAUGGAAUUCAUGGGAUGCUGGCUUUGUAGGCAGCAGCUUAACCUGUUGCCUUAACCCUGAAGCUGACUUAUUUAUUUAAUUUAGAAAGUCAUAUCAUAUGUUAAAUCUGUUGACCUUGGGUAGCAUUAUUUUCAACUUUGCAUGAAUAAUUCUGUUUAUAUCUAUUUCUGUUCACAGAUAUCUAAAAGUGGGGAAAAGGAAUGAGAUGUUUCCAUCUUUUUAAACUAAAGCAGUUUCUUUUCUACCAGCUCCUCCUUGCACCCCAAGAUGGUGGGUUGGACAAUGAGUUAACCAAGAGGAGAAAAGUGUGAUUCCAUUUGGCUCAUGUGUUGCACAAACCAUGAGGUUUACUGUUUUUUCCAGCAGGCUGAAGUUUGAGAAAGAGGCAGGAGAUGGAACAGGACUUAAAGUGGUUGAGUUUUUGUUAAAUGCCAGAUGCUUCCCAUGCUUUAUCUCACAUCAUCUUUAUUAAAUGCCUUGAGAUUAGUGAUAGUACCUACUUAAGAAAAGAAGAAUCAGGUGCAGACAUUGUGAGCCAUCUUUGCUCAGAAUCCUGACCUUACCUCUCAUUGUACCUCUGCCUCAAAGGCAACAUUGAUGAAGCAAAGCGUUUUCCUAGGCUAAAGGAUCAUUCAUGCAUUCUUACUUUUAGUGCUGCAGAUUCCUAGACCAUUUCUCACACACCUGUAAUCAAUUUUAAAUAUCAAAAGUUGCACGGAGAUUGAAGCUACACAGGAAUUUUUUGUAAGUCUUCUGUGUUUAAUCAUUCAUUUGCUGCUCCCCUGCAGUUGACUGGGUAAUUAUAAACAAAGGAAAUCCUUCAACACUUCUAAGAUCUUAGUGAAUGGCAGUUAUAAUAAUACAGAAAAAUCUCAUUGAUUUUAAUGUCUUUAGUAUCAUGAAUAUCAUGUAGCACAACUGUGUUACAAUUUUGCCAUCUGGAAAAAGGAGGAGUGUGUGUGUGUGUGUGUGUGUGUGUGUGUGUGUAAGUUCCAUGUGACACCAGUAUGCUCUAACAGAAUGAUGGACAUUUUUUGAAAUGGACAGGAUAUGAUAGCAGAGGAACUACUGUGGUCGUCCUGACCAUCUUCUCAUUUUUCAGUCAUUACCAAAUCUGUCCCUUAGAGUCACUUUUAUUUAUUUAUUUUAGUGUUUGAUCAGCUUGUUUUUCUGCUUUGUAUCUGAAAAAAAAAAUUGGCACAUUGUAAAUUGAGUCAUUAAAUAGGAAUUUAGUUUGGUUUCCCUGAAAGUCUGUUGUACUGACUUCCUUGAUAUUAUAUAAUCCUUUGAUUCUUUUUUUCCCACUCGAUAGAAAUUGCUGUGACCUUGUGGAGAUGGAUUUUGUAAGCAGGAUAAUGAGUGAGGCAUUACCAAUAAAGAAUUCCGUGUUUUAAAUAGCUGGUAUGCUAGAAUGUAGAUGGAUUAUUGACCUUGUUAGAAAGUUCAAGAUUCUAAACCAACAGAAUCUAGUUUUAUAUUAGCUGUUUUAAAACAAACCUCUGAAUCAUCCCUGCAAGACACCUUAGAUUCUGAUGCUGUGAGUGGCUGGGAGAAAACUUGCCUGCCUUCUCUCGGAUGCACAUGGGGCUUCUUGCGGCGCUGUCGUAAUGCAAUAGUGAGACCUCACCAGCACAGGCUCGCAGGAAGGAGGUGUUUAUCCAGGAACGGUAUGGGAGAUUUAAUCUAAACGACCCGUUCUUGGCACUCCAAAGAGACUAUGAAGCAGGUGCCAGUGACAAAGAGAAGAAGCCUGUUUGCACCAACCCCCUGUCCAUCCUCGAAGCAGUCAUGGCCCACUGCAGGAAAAUGCAGGAACGGAUGUCCACACAGCUGGCUGCCGCCGAGAGCAGACAGAAGAAGCUGGAAAUGGAAAAGCUUCAGCUGCAAGCCCUGGACCAGGAGCACCAGAAGCUGGCGGCUCGCCUGGAGGAGGAGCGCGGCAAGAACCGGCACGUGGUGCUGAUGCUGGUGAAGGAGUGUAAGCAGCUCUCGGGCAAGGUCAUCGAGGAGGCCCAGAAGCUGGAGGAGGUCAUGGCCAGCCUGGAAGAGGAGAAGAAGAAGACGAACGACUUGGAAGAGCAGCUGUGCACUGAGAAACGCCGAAGCGCCGAGAUGGAAGCGCAGAUGGAAAAGCAGCUCUCCGAGUUCGACACGGAACGGGAGCAGCUGCGUGCCAAGCUGAACCGAGAGGAAGCCCACACCACCGACCUCAAAGAGGAGAUAGACAAGAUGAAGAAGAUGAUCGAGCAACUGAAAAGGGGGAGCGACAGCAAACCGAGUCUGUCUCUCCCGCGCAAGACAAAAGACAGGCGUCUGGCUUCUGUGUCUGUGGCCACCGAAGGACCGGUGACGAGGGCUGUUGCUUGUCAGACAGACCCAGUGACCGAAAGCACUGACCACGUGAGGAAGUUGCCUUUGACGGUACCUGCCAAGCCCUCGGCCGGGAGCCCCCUCGUGUCUGCCAACACAAAAGGGAACGUGUGCCCCCACGCCGCGCCGGGCAGACCAGGUAUGGACAGGCAGGCCUCCCACGGGGACUUAAUGGGCUCUUCUGCACCCACCAUCCCAGCUGCAAGUGCAAGCCGCAUGGAGGCGAAUGGACCAAGCCCUGGCUCCACACCGGAUCUCACAAGUAGCACGCCCCCUAUUCCCAGUGGCACCACUCCUGCCCCGGCUCACGCGCCUGGGGUGGCCACCCAGAGCCCUGUGCCCGCAGCGCCUGGGCACGGCCUACACUCACCGUGUGCCACCACGGCUUUGCAUCCAGGCCUCAACCCACGCAUCCAAGCAGCCAGGUUUAGAUUUCAAGGCAACGCAAACGACCCCGACCAAAAUGGAAACACCACCCAGAGUCCUCCAUCAAGAGACGUCUCUCCUACAAGUCGCGACAACCUAGUGGCCAAACAGCUAGCUCGGAACACUGUGACCCAAGCUCUGUCGAGGUUCACAAGUCCUCAAGUGGGUACUCCCCCCAGGCCGGGAGUGCCCCCGACAGGGGACGUGGCCACCCACCCUCCAGUCAGUCGGAGUGGUUUGAAGACUCCCGGCGGAGCGCGAGUCGAUAGAGGAAAUCCUCCUCCCAUCCCCCCGAAAAAACCAGGGCUGUCCCAGACGCCUUCUCCACCCCACCCCCAACUCAAGAUUCCGGUGGACAGCAGCAGGGCCUCCAGUGCGGGGGCCAAAGUUGAAAACAAAACUGUGGCUUCGCCUCCUUCCAGCUUGCCCCCCGGGAGCAGGGUCAUUACGGAAGAGAACCCCCCUAAGUCUUCCUCCCCUCAGCUGCCACCAAAGCCGUCCAUAGAGCUAACUGUGGCACCUGCAGGCUGUGCCGUUUCCGCCCUGGCUGCGUCUCAGGUGGGUGCCUGGCCUGCUGAAACCCUUGGACUGAAGCCACCUGCAUGUUCAGACAGUUCCCUUGUCAUUCCCAACACCAUUGCCUUUCGCUCUUCCAUAAACCCUGUUAGUGCCUCAACCAGUAGGCCAGGUGCCUCAGACAGCCUCCUGGUAACAGCAUCAGGCUGGUCACCCUCCCUAACCCCUUUGCUAAUGAGUGGUGGUCCUGCCCCCCUGGCUGGCAGGCCCACCCUUCUUCAGCAAGCUGCUGCCCAGGGAAAUGUCACUUUAUUAUCAAUGCUGCUUAAUGAAGAAGGACUGGACACUAAUUACUCCUGUGAAGAUGGCCAUUCUGCCUUGUAUUCUGCUGCUACGAAUGGACAUGCAGACUGUGUGAGAUUGCUGCUGAAUGCAGAAGCCCAAGUCAAUGCUGCUGAGAAGAACGGCUUCACACCCUUGUGUGCCGCAGCUGCUCAGGGACAUUUCGAGUGUUUAGAAUUACUACUUGCAUCUGAUGCUGAUGUCAAUCAUGCUGCUGAUGGAGGACAGACACCUCUAUACCUGGCCUGUAAAAAUGGAAAUACAGACUGUAUUAAACUCUUGUUGGAAGCUGGAACUGACCGAAGUAUAAAAACCAGAGAUGGCUGGACACCAGUGCAUGCAGCUGUGGACACUGGUAAUGUGGACAGCCUGAAGCUCCUCAUGUACUAUCAAGCACCAGCUCGGGGGAACUCUUCCAAUGAGGAGGAGCCUGAAUCGGGCGCCUUUGCCCGGGAUGGUGGGGAAGAGAGUUCUGAAGGCACAUCCGAACCCGUUGUUUCUGCAGAUCUCAUUAACCACGCCGACAGAGAGGGCUGGACUGCUGCCCACAUCGCUGCUUCGAAAGGCUUUAAGAACUGCCUAGAAAUCUUAUGUAGGCACGGAGGGCUGGAGCCAGAAAAGAGAGACAAGUGCAAUCGGACUGUGCAUGAUGUUGCUACUGAUGACUGCAAGCACUUGCUGGAGAAUCUGAAUGCUCUUAAAAUACCCUUAAGGAUUUCCGUAGGUGAGAUUCAACCAGACAACUGUGGUUCCGAUGAUUUUGAAUGCGAAAACAUAAUAUGUACUUUAAGUAUCCGCAAACAGACAUCGUGGGAUGAUUUUUCAAAAGCAGUGAGUCAAGCUCUGACAAAUCAUUUUCAAGCAAUCUCUUCUGAUGGGUGGUGGAGUCUGGAAGACGUGGCAUUUAAUAACACCACCGACUCUAGCAUCGGCCUCAGCGCAAGCAGCGUACGAUCCAUCACGCUAGGAAAUAUGCCGUGGCCAGCAGGACGGAGCUUCGCCCCGUCCCCGUGGGACUUCGUGAGGAAGAACAAGACGGAGCAAGUCACGGCGCUUCUGUCAGGCCCUCAAGAAGGCUGCCUUAGUAGUGUGACGUACGCAUCCAUGAUUCCUCUGAAGACGCUGCAGAACUACCUCCGGCUGGUCGAGCAAUAUCAUAAUGUCAUAUUUCAUGGCCCUGAAGGAAGCUUGCAAGACUUCAUAGCACAUCAGCUUGCACUCUGCAUGAAGCACAGACAAAUGGCUGCAGGGUUUUCCUGUGAAAUAGUAAGAGCUGAAGUGGAUGCAGGUUUCUCCAAGGAGCAGCUAUUAGACCUGUUCAUCAGUAGUGCUUGUCUGAUCCCAGUGAAACAAUCUCCUGUAAAGAAGAAAAUCAUCAUCAUCUUAGAAAAUUUGGAGAAUUCUUCCUUGUCUGAAUUAUUGGGGGACUUUUUGGCACCUCUUGAAAAUCGCAGCACAGAAAGCCCAUGCACUUUCCAAAAAGGAAAUGGAGCAUCCGAGUGCUAUUAUUUUCAUGAGAACUGCUUCCUGAUGGGGACCAUUGCCAAGGCCUGUCUGCAGGGCUCUGACCUGCUGGUGCAGCAGCACUUCCGCUGGGUACAGCUGCGGUGGGAUGGCGAGCCCAUGCAAGGACUGCUGCCCAGGUUCCUGAGAAGGAAAGUUGUGAAUAAGUUCAGAGGUCAGGUGCCUGCACCCUGCGACCCCGUGCACAAGACCGUAGCCUGGGCACUGUCCGUCUGGCGACAGCUCAACUCCUGCCUGGCCCACCUGGGCACACCUGAAGCACUUCUCGGCCCAAAGUAUUUCCUGUCUUGUCCUGUGGUCCCUGGACGUGCCCAAGCGACAGUGAAGUGGAUGUCCAAGCUGUGGAACGCUGUCAUCGCGCCCAGAGUUCAAGCAGCAAUCCUGUCGCGAGCCUCAGUGAAGAGACAGCCUGGCCUUGGGCAGACGGCGGCUAAGAAACACCCCAGCCACGGGCAGCAGGCUGUGGUGAAAGCUGCUCUCAGCAUCUUACUCAAUAAAGCUGUUCUGCACGGUUGUCCCCUCCCGAGAGCAGAGCUAGACCAGCACACAGCGGAUUUCAGAGGGGGAAGUUUUCCUCUAUCCAUUGUUUCAAGUUACAACAGCUGCAGCAAGAAGAAAGGAGAGAGCGGGGCCUGGAGAAAGGUGAGCACCAGUCCCCGCAAGAAGUCUGGCCGCUUCUCCUCACCCACCUGGAAUGAGCCCGACCUCAGCCCGGGAGGUAUAAAAAAUAAGGCUAUAUCACAGCUGAACUGUGGAAGGAACACUUCCCUAUCAAAACAAAAGUCUUUAGAGAACGAGCUGUCGUUGACGUUGAAUUUGGAUCAGAGGUUCUCUCUGGGCUCAGACGAUGCAGCAGAUCUCGUCAAGGAGCUUCAGAGCAUGUGCUCCAGCAAGUCGGAAUCUGACCUAAGCAAGAUUGCUGAUUCCAGGGAGGAGUUAAGGACGUUUCAUAGUUCAGGAAGCAAUCCUGCCUUUUCAGCACCUGUCAAUAAUCCAAGAAUGCCAGUGGCACCAAAGGAGGUCAGUCCUCUCAGCAGCCAUCAAGCUACCGAAUGCAGCACCAGUAAAUCAAAGACUGAGUUGGGUGUUUCAAGAGUUAAAUCUUUUCUUCCUGUUCCUAGAAGUAAAAUCGCCCAGUGUUCCCAGAACACCAAAAGAAGCAGCAGCAGCAGUAAUACAAGGCAACCAGAAAUCAACAACAACUCCAAAGAAGAGAAUUGGAACCUACACAAACAUGAACAAGUAGAAAAACCUAACACAUAGGCCUGCCUACAAUAUUCUCACUACUAACUUCUGUAUAUUUCACACAGAAACCAAGGACAACCAGAUGUAAAUACCUUCCAAUGAAUAAAAUGUUUUCACUGUAAUAUAAAGUAUGAGUGCGGGACCACUAUUCAUUUUUUGUAAAGAAUGUAUUUAUAGCCAACUUUUGUCUUUUUUUUUUUAAUUCUGUAAGACCAAACUUCAAUACCAAGAAGUUAUGCCAACUUUUCAAGUAGUUUUAUAAGAAAAAACUUGUAACAGUUUUCAUCAAAAUGUUCAGGGGUAUUAAAGCAGAACUGUCUAAUACUGUAUAUCUAUAUAUAUGUACAUAUGUAUGUAUAUUUAACAAAGUCCACAAAUCCUAUGGCAUACUACAUGUUACAAAAUGUGUACAACAUUGGCUUAAAUAACAUGUACCAUUUUAAAUGGAAACCAUAAUUUUAUGUUCACUUGAUGGGGAAUGACUAGAAUGGGCAAUAAAUUAUUUCUUAACAGUUAUUUUCCAUUAAAAGCCAUAUUAAGUAUUUUGCCUGCUAAAGUUUUACAUUUUAAAUCUUUUAGUGGCUAUGUUACCAUUUGGUUGAUCAUGUAUAUAUUUAUGCUUAUGAGUUUGCAUUAUGACUCCUUUAAAAGAUGAAAUUAUAAUGCAAUAAGUGUUAUCUUUCUUACAAAAGUUUUAUACCUAAGUGACUAUUAAAAAUAUCUGCAUAAAUGCUCCAUUAAGUUAAUAUUGAAGGAGUUAACUGAAUUAUUUCUAAUAGCACAAUUGAUAAUAUUUUCUAGAAGUGUUUCUUCUAAAAGUAUUGAUAAGAACACUUAAACAACUCACAGUUAAGAUGUUUUGACACCAAAUAAAAUACUGAAUUAGUGAAAUAAUUUUGCUAUGCUUUUUAUCUGUAGCUCUCAGUUUCCUCCCAGUUGGUAUUUCACCUGCUGUUCAUGAAGGCUUACUGAAUACAUUUUCAUAAAUACCAAAAAUAGUUUGAGUAUGGAAAGUACUUUUUUUAAACCAACAUGGUUAUUUAUAGUGAAGUAUACACAUUUGCAUUGAUCUGUGUAAAACUUUCAAAAUAUACAUGCAUCAAAAAAAAGGGCUUUCUAUGGAGGAAGAACAUGAUUCAUGUUGUAUUCUUCCGUCCUGGGGUGUGAAGCUACAGCCUCAUGCACUAGAAGUCAGAUGGGAGCACUAGAGCAAGGGACAGAGACUGGGAGGACCAUGGAAUAGUUUUAGGUAUGGGCUCAAUAAUUCCUUCAAAUUCUGGGUACCCUGAUAGUCGCUGAUACUAUUUUUCACAAAAAAGACCACCGGUCCUGGGAACAAAACUGAAGGACCUCAAAUCAACCAACAUAUCUAGGUCUAAUUUUUUUUCUGCUUCUAUGUAACCUGUGGUGGUUAUCCCAUUUGAUUUGCUAGUGAUGAGGCCCCGUAGUUUGUAUUAGCAACUUCUCUGAAGGUAAAGAUCCCAUUAGUGUACUCAAGGACCAAAGGUGAGAAGACAAAACCAAAUGUGGAAUACACAUCUUUAAGAUGAUUUGUAGUAACCAAUCCUUGCAACUUUGAUCUGUUAGUAAAAUUCAAUAUGUACAGUUUACAAUUGCAUGGGGGCAGACUACAAGAUAUCGAAAGGCAUUUACAUUGAGGAUUUCAAAAUACAGGUACUUACUAAUAGGUCAUUAAAAUCAAUUUAGUGAGUCACACUAGAAUUUUUAAAAACAGAAUAGGGUAGAACAGAAUCUGUCAGUCAUAUUUAGUAAGAACUGUCUGUGCAGCUUUUAUUUCCAUUACAUGUAUUAUGAAAGUAUGUACAUGUGACAAAGUUUGAAAGUCAGUACCACAUAAUGGAACCUAGUAAGAGGGAGGCUACAUGGGGGGAGUGGUGGUGAGUGAUAUGGUCUUUUGGUGGUAAACAGCCUUGGGAUUGAGUUAAGCACUGCCAUUUGUCAGAUACUGCAUAGCAUGAGAUGAAUUACUUGCUCUUUCAUUUAGUUGUUUGAGUUGUAAAAUAAGGAACAAGACAACCUGCAGCUUGUUCAUGAGCAUUAGCAAAGACAAUACAGGUAGGCAUUCCUAAUUGCCCCACUCAUUCAUAAAAUACAUAAUGAAUCAGUAUCUCUGAACUUUUUUUGUGGCAUUCCAUGUUAAAAAAAAAAAAAUAGGCCUGAAAGAGACUGUAACACAAAAAAGAUUUCAAUACUCCUACUUUCAAUGAUUGACAGAUCACUUGGAUAAAAAAAAAAAAAUCAAUAGAGAAAUAGGUAAGCCAUGCUUAAGCAGAUAUAUGUAGACCAUUCCACCUGACACUAGAACACACAUCCUUCAAAUUCACACAGAACAUACAAUAGAAUUUUUCUCAGACCACAAAAUGAGACCUAAAUGUAUGAAGAUUAAAAUCAGAUCAAAUACUGUUUCCACCACAGUGGUAUGAAUCUAGAAAUCCAUAACAGGGCAAAGCUUAGAAAAUACACCAAUACAUGAAAAUUAAACAGCAAGAGUAGCCAAUAGGUCAAUGAAUAAAUUAAAAGGUAAGUUAAUUCCUUGAGAAAUACGAAAAUAGAAAAUAUGCCAGGGUCUAUGGCAUGUGAAAAAAACAGUUUUAAGAGGAAAAUGUACAGCGAUAAAUUUCUACAUCAAAAAAGAACAGAAACAAUCUGACAUUAUGCCUCAAGAACUAGAACAGUAAGAACUAAGGUAAUUAGUAAAAUAGAAAAAAGAGCAAAAAUUUAGAUACUUUGUGGCACUCUAACAUCUUUCCAAAUUAUAAUAAUUCACAAGCACUGGCAGUUAAAUAAUCAUCUGAUUUUUAAAAUAUGGGUGUAUGAAACAACUGAUAAAAAUGUCUAAGUUAAUAACUAUAGAACACACUUGCAAUUUCUGCAUGAGCUUAAAGAUGUUUCUUAAUUACAUUUUCAGUUGCCUUAUAUAAAAAUCCUGUUAGUAAAAGUAGCUUGAUAGACGAGCCCAAUUUUUCAGAUACAGAAUUUCUAUUAAUCCAUAAUAAAAAUUAAAUUCAGUUGACUAGGCCUAGCCAUAAUUUUGUUUAGGCUAGGACUAAAUCUGUUUUUAACAACGUUGGUCCACCACAGGAAGUUACUCUUUGAAGUUAUUUGACACUUUGUGAAUUCUAUCCCAUCUCUCCAAUAUAAUUCUCAAAGAACUUGUACAGAUUUCAAAGAAAUAAAUGAAUAAAUGCUCUCUAUUAGUCUCAUUCCAAUUAUGAGUAAUGUUUUGUUGUGGGCCAAGAUGUCUGUUGAGAGUGAAUUUGAAAUAUGUCUAUGGAAAAUACACAUGGAGGAGGAAUUUGUAGUUACACUUCACUUCUAGUCUGCCUUCAGUCACGAAGAUGACAUUCAAAUACCAGGUGUCAUGAGCUCAGGCUCUGAGCACAAAGGUAACAGACAUUUAACUUCUCUGGGCUUCAGUGUCCUCAUGAGGAAAAUUAGAGGGUUUUACUGCUUCCCAGAAAGAAAAACACAGUGGAAAAUCAGAAAUCCUGAUGGUUAUUCCUAUGCAUUCUGAUAUCUUAAUAAGGGCAGCUAAACAAACCUUAGAAGCUAUUUGUGUUGUAUUUUAAUGAAAUCAAGAAUGUAUUUCCUGAGCUACCUCAAGUAAAUGUUCACAACUUUUUGAUUCUAAAUUCAUUUGAGACAGAUGGGCAGAAAGAGAAACAGACAGGGCUCUCAUACAGUGGGUUCACUCGUCCAAAUGCCCACAGCAGCUGGGAUUGGACCAGGUUGAAACCAAGAGCUAGGAACUCAAUCCAGGUCUCCCACAAGUGUCAUGUACCCAGUGAGUUGAGCCAUCAUCUGCUGCCUCCCAGGGUCUGCUCUGUGGGAAGCUGGAAUCAGGAACCAGAGCCAGGAAUUGAACACUGGCACUCAAACAUGAAACAUGGGUAUCCUGGUCCCAUCUGUUCCGCAUGACUUUAUACUUAUUAAAAUAAUGUUGUGCUGGCAAUCAAGCAUGUGAUGUACAAGACACAUCUUCUCUUGGAGUCUAUUGGGUAAGACAGGAGUAAAUGAAGAAACAAAACAAGAUAAUUUCCCAUUGUUCUAUAAUGAAAAUCAGAGUGAUGCAAUAGAGUAUGCCUGGGAAAGAUCAGGAAAGGAAGAUUACUUUAGGGCAGAAUGGUUCAAGGAAGGAACUCCACGGACUGAACAGGAAGAAACAACAUUGGUAACUGUUCUUAGGAAAAGAUAUACAAAUGAGAGGACGUUAUGAAAAAUUUCUGCACAGCAAAGAAAACAAUCAGUAAAGAGAAUUUAUAGAGUGAGAGGACAUAUGUAAACCAUGCAUCUGAUAAAGGGUUAAUAAGAAAAACAUACAUGGAAUUCAACUUGAUAUCAAGAAAAUAACCCAACCAAAAGAUGGGCAAAGAACCUGAAUAGAUAUCCAAAUGGCUAGCAGGUACAUGAAAAAAUGUUCAACAUCAAUAAAUAUCAGGUAAGUGAAAAUUAAAACCACAGAGAGAAGUCAUCUCACCUUUUAGAUGGGCUAUUACCAAAAAGAUGAAAGCUGUGUUGCAAUGAUAUGGAGAAAAGGGAACCCUUGCACAGUGGUGGGAAUGCAAAUUACUACAGCCAUUAUGGGAGACUGUAUGCAGCUUCUUUAAAAAAAAUAACUAGAACUACACUAUCAUCCAACAAUUCUACUACUGAUGGGCUAUAAAGCCAAUGGAAAGGAAAUCCACAUGUUCAAGAGGUACCUGCACUCCCUUCUACAUUGCAUUAGUCACAAUUACCAAGGUUUGAAAUCAACCUACAUGUCCAUCAAGGGAUGGAUGGAUGUAUAAAAACACAAUAGAACAUUGUUCCAUCUUUUAAAAAAAAGGAAAUCCUGUCAUUUGCAACAGAUGAACCCAGAAGUCCUCGCAUUAAGUGAAAUAAGCCAAGCAGAGAAAUAUUUCAUGACCUCACUCAUACAUGGAAUCUGAAAAAGGCAAACUCAGAAGCAGAUAGCUGAUGAUGUUACUGGAGGUUGGGAAUGCCUGUGGGCAUUGGGAAGAUGUUGGCCAAAGGGUACAAAAUUUUGAUUAGAUAGAAGAAAUAUAUUCAAGAAAUCCGUUGUCCAGCAUGGGGACUAUAGUUAAUAAGAAUGUAUUACAAUCUUGAAGACUCUCAAAAUACUGAUUUAAAGCAAUCAUAACGAAAACCUUAGACUUUUUUUUUUAAAUCACCAAGGGGCCAACGUUGUGGUGUAGUGGGUAAAACUGUCACCUGCCAUGCUAGCAUCCCAUAUGGGUGCCAGUUCAUGUCCCACCUGCUCCACUUAUGAUCCAUCUCCCUUCUAAUGGCCUGGUAAAAGAAGUGGAAGAUGGCUGAAGGGCUUGGGCCCCUGCUAUCCACAUGGGAGAUCUGGAAGAAGCUCCUGUAUCCUAGCUUUGGCCUAGCCUAACCCCGGCCAGUGCAGCCAUCUGGGGAGUAAACCAGUGGAUCAAAGAUUUCUCUUUCAGUCUCUCUCUGACUUCCAAAUAAAUAAUCUUUUUUUUAAAUUACCAAGCUCUUUAUAUAUAUAUAUAUAUAUAUAUGACUUGCCUUUUAAUCCAGUAAUUUCUGGUGUAUCUGCUUGGAUCUCUGAGCCAAAUGCAGAAUGCAGAUAUUCAAGUCUCUCUAACUUAGAGCUGAAUUCUUUCUACGGUGACCAUUCAUUGAUUUGGGGCAUUUUGUUCUCUUUAGGAGGAAAAUGCAAUCUGACAAAGUUCUGGUUUCUAGGUCUCUGUGCCAACAGUCCUAAACAAUCAAUGUUCUAUUUUUUUUUUCCUGACAACCCAUUCAAGGGCUGUUUAAAUGCAAAUAUAAUAGUAUUUCCACUAAAAUAUUUUUUUCAAAGCAAAAGGAGCAUGAGUUGGAUUCAUCAAAUCAGUUUGUUGUACAGAACUUUCUGACCAUUCAUUUGUUUUAACCUGGAAUUUGACAUUGGCCUUGUGACUCAUGAAAUAGGAACUAGUGUAACACAUAGCACCUGUGUGAUGUAACUUGAGAAACAAAACAAGAUGUUUCCACCCACUGUCCCUCUCUUGCUUCUUUCUGAAUUGUCUUGCUAAAAUGUGAUUUGUGGUAUCUUGUAAUAUGGCACACAGAACACAGCAACUGAAGCAAUAAAACUUUCUGACCUGC